GGAAGCAACUCCCAAGUCUGCAGCUCUUCUUUCGGGGUAACCGAGCGGAGGGAGUCAACAGCACUCAGAGUUCCUUGGCCUCCUUCCUGUUCUUACCUUCCUGUGGUUUGCCUGCCCUGCAGAGACUUCCCCUGUGGACCAGGUUCAGCAUCACCUCCCUAGCUCUACCCCCAGGACAUAUGAGUAUCUUGUUAAUGUCCCCUUCUGCAUAGAGCCAAGCCAGGCCUUUGCCUGCCCCUGCUGCCUUCCCACUUGGCUAAGUGCUGCUGGGUUAUCCUGAGAGGCAAUUCUGGCUCCAUCUAGGCUUUAGGAUUCUUCUCAGCACCACCCUAGGUGUGCUCUCUGGGGAUCCAAGUGUGCCCAGCCAGCACAGUAUGGUCCACUCUCGUUUGCGGAGAGCAGCACGGGAACCCAUCAUGGAGCUCCUGCCCCAGCUUCUCCUCCUGGUCUCGUCAGUCCCAUUAGGUCUGGCCAAUUGGGGUGUCUCUAGUCCCCCAACAGUGCAGGGCGUGAAAGGGUCUUGUCUUAUAAUCCCCUGCAUCUUCAACUUCCCUGACACCAUGAAGGUGACCAGCAGCAUCACCACCAUCUGGUACUAUGACUACUCCAACAGCCGGAAGGUGGUGAUCCACUCAGAUGAGCCCCAGCUGGUGGAGGGCCGCUUCCGAGGCCGUGCCCAGCUGCUGGGGUCCGCCAAGAACAAGGUGUGCAACCUGCUGCUCAAGGACCUGAAGCCCGAGGACUCAGGCUCCUACAACUUCCGCUUCGAGAUCAAUGAUGUAGACCGCUGGUCAGAUGUCAAAGGCACUGUGGUCACUGUGACAGAUCUACCCAGAGCACCCACCAUUGCAGUGCCAGACAAGCUGAUCGAGGGCAUGGAGGUGGACUUCAACUGCUCCACGCCCUACGUCUGCUCACAGGAGUUGAUCCGGUUGCAGUGGCAAGGCCAGGACCCUGCUCACUUCGUAACCUCUAACAUCCAGAAGCUUGAACCCACAGGCAUCAGCCACAUGGAGACCUUCCACUCGACUCUGUCCUGGCAGGACCAUGGCCGGAUCCUGCGCUGCCAGCUCUCAGUGGGCACACACAAGACUGAGGGCGAGAUUCACCUCCAAGUGCAGUAUGCCCCCAAGGGUGUGGCAGUCCUCCUGAGCCCCUCUGGGCGGAACAUCCUGGCAGGUGACCUGGUCACCCUCACCUGUCAGGUGAACAGCAGCUACCCUGAGAUCAACUCUGUGCAGUGGGAGAAGGAUGGGGAGAGCCUCAAAGCCCAGGGUCGAGUGCUGCAGCUGCCAAAGGCUGCCUGGGAGGAUGCCGGCGUCUACACCUGCCAAGCUGGGAACAGUGUAGGCUCGUCCAUCUCGCCCCCUGUCAGCCUCCAUGUCUUCAUGGUAGAGAUCCAGAUGAGCCCAGCAGGCCCUGUCCUGGAGAACCAGACAGUGACACUGACCUGCAACACGCCCAGAGAGGCUGCCAAACAGCUGCACUACAGCUGGUAUAAGAACCAGGCUCUGCUGGGGGGUGCCCACAGCUCCACCUUGCGGCUACGCUCUGUCACCAGGGCCGACAGUGGCUUCUACUACUGUGUGGUGGAGAACAUCCAGGGCAGUCAGCGAUCAGAUGCUGUCAGUGUGGAGGUCCGCCACCCACCCCUUGUACCAGACCUAACUGCCUUGCUGGAUAUGCAGGCAGGGCUGGUGGGGAUCAUCCACUGCUCUGUGGUCAGUGAGCCGCUGGCCACCUUGGUGCUGUCACACAGGGGCCACAUCCUGGCCUCCACCUCCUGGGGAAGUGACCAGAGCCCGCGCUUCAGCGUCUCCUUCGCUCCCAACAAUCUGCGUCUGGAGAUACGAGAGCUGCGGCCUUCUGACAGUGGGGAGUACAUGUGCUCAGCGGCCAAUGUCCUGGGGAACUCAUCCUCCUCCCUGGACUUCCACACCAAUGUGGCCCGUGUCUUGAUCAGCCCGGCAGCAGAUGUAGUGGAAGGUCAGGCUGUGACACUGAGCUGCAAGAGUGGCCUGAGCCCCACACCCGAUGCCCGCUUCACCUGGUACCGCAAUGGAGCCCUGCUGCUAGAGGGGCCCCGCAGCAGCCUCCUGCUCCCUGCAGCCACCAGCGCCGAUGCCGGCUCAUACCACUGCCGGGUCCAGGACCACUUGAUCUCCAGCGGGCCCUCCUCACCUGCCAUCCUCAGUGUGCUCUAUGCCCCCCGGCAGCCCACAUUCACUGCCGGGCCGGAUCCUGAUGCUGGACAGCAAGGUCUGCUCUUGUGCCGAGUGGACAGUGACCCCCCAGCCCAGUUGCGGCUGCUACACGGAGACCACGUGGUGGCCACUUCCCUUCCCACCUGUGGGGGCUGCUCCCAGCGUGCCAAAGUCACCAGGGCCCCCAACUUUCUGCGUGUGCAGAUUCGCAGCCCAGUGCUGGAGGAUGAGGGUGUGUACGUGUGUGAGGCCAGCAACGCCCUAGGCAACGCCUCUGCCUUGGCCACCUUCCACGCCCAGGCCACUGUCCUGGUCGUCACCCCAUCGAACAAGGUGCCAGAGGGCAGUGUAGUCAACCUGACUUGCAACGUGAGCCGGGAAUCCAGUGGUGGCCCUUCCAACUUCUCCUGGUUCCGUAAUGGGGUGCAGUGGGCGCAGGGCCCCCUGGAGACUAUAACGCUGCUGCCUGUGGCCAGAACAGAUGCUGCCCUCUAUGCCUGCUGCAUCCAUACUGAGGCUGGUGCCGCUGAGCUUUCCACUCCUGUGGUUCUGACUGUGCUCUACCCUCCAGACCCGCCAAAGCUGUCAGCCCUCUUGGAUGUGGACCAGGGCCAUGUGGCCAUGUUCUUCUGCUCUGUGGACAGUAGCCCCCUGGCCCAACUGACCCUGUUUCAUGAGCAGCAUCUCCUGGCCUCCAGCCCACGACUCCAGCUCCCAUCUCAUGACCGCCUCCAAGUCAAAGCCAUGGCCAACUCCCUGCAGCUAAAGAUCCAAGACCUGGGUCUUGGGGACUCGGGUAACUAUCACUGUGAGGCCACAAAUGAGCUGGGAUCAGCCAACACCUCUCUCUUCUUCCAGGUCCGAGGAGCCUGGGUCCAGGUGUCCCCAUCACCUGAGCUCCGGGAGGGACAGGCAGUGGUGCUGAAGUGCCGAGUACCCGUGGGCAUCCCAGAGGAGACCUCAUAUCAAUGGUAUUGGAAUGGCCAGCCCCUCGAGGAUUCAACCUCAGCCACACUCCACUUUGCAGCCAUAACUCUGAGCCAGGCUGGUGCCUACCAUUGCCAAUCCCAGGCCCCAGGCUCAGCCACCCUGAACCUGGCUGCCCCAGUCAGCCUCCACAUAAGCUAUGCACCACGACAGGUCACUCUCACUGCCCUGAUGGACACAGGCCCUGGACGACUGGGCCUCCUGCUGUGCUGUGUGCGCAGUGACCCUCCAGCACAGCUGCGACUUCUCCAUGGGGCCCAGAUGGUAGCUUCCACUUUACAAGGUGUGGGGAGCUCUGCCCGACUGCAGCUGGCUGUGGCCCCCAACACACUGCGCCUGGAGAUCCACAAUGCCACACUGGAAGAUGAGGGUGUCUACACCUGCCAGGCCAUAAACACCCUGGGCCAGGCAUCAGCUUCAGCCAACUUCGAUGCUCAGGCUGUGAGUGUGCAAGUGUGGCCCAACACCACUGUGCAUGAGGGCCAACUGGUGAACCUGACCUGCCUCGUAUGGACUUCUCAACUGGCCCAGCUCAUCUACACCUGGUACCAGGAUGGGCAGCGGCGCCCCAGUGCCCACUCCAUUCUCCUGCCCAAUGUCACAGUCAUGGAUGCUGCCACCUACCGCUGCAGCGUGGCAAGCCCUGGCCAGGCACCUCACCUCUCCAGACCGGUCACCCUGGAUGUCCUCUAUGCACCCCGCAGCCUCCGCCUGAUCUCCCUCCUGGAGCAGCAGGGUGGAAGGCGGGCUUUGCUGCUGUGUACUGUGGACAGCCGCCCUCCCGCCCAGCUGACCCUCAGCCGCAAUGGCCACCUCCUGGCUUCCUCGACUGCAGCCUCUGUCCCCAACACCCUGAACCUGGAGCUGCGGGAACCACAGCCCAGUGAUGAAGGGCACUACAGCUGCUCUGCCCAAAAUCCCCUGGGCCAAGCUGACAUGUCCCUGGAGCUGCAGCUGGAGGGUGUGCAGGUGACAUUGACUCCAUCGGCUGCUGUGCCCGAGGGGACCCCUGUCACGGUGACCUGUGAGGACCCUGCUGCCCGCCCUCCUGUUCUCUAUGCCUGGUACCACAAUGCCCGUUGGCUGCAGGAGGGUUUGGCUGCCUCCCUUUCAUUCCCAAAGGCUACACAGGCUCAUGCUGGCACGUACACCUGCCAAGUCCAAGAUGCCCAGGGCACCCGCAGCUCCCGGCCUGUGGCCCUGCAAAUCCUCUAUGCCCCUCGGAAUGCUAUCCUGUCUUCCUUCCUGGACUCGAGGACCAGCCCCAUGGCUGUGGUGCAAUGCACUGUGGACAGCGAGCCACCUGCAGAGCUGGCCUUGUCCCUUGACGGGAAGGUGCUAGCCACCAGUCGCAAGGCUCACGGCUUGGCAUGGGGGAUAGGGCAUGUCCAGGUGGCCCGCAAUGCCCUGCGGCUGCAAGUGCAAGAUGUGUCCUCAGGUGGUGAGGACACCUAUGUCUGCACAGCACACAACCUGCUGGGCUCUGUCAGCACCACUGCACAGCUGCAGACAGAAGGUGUGCAUGUGGUGGCUGAGCCAGGAUUGGACUUGCCUGAGGGCGCAGCACUGAACCUCAGUUGUCACCUCCCUGGUGUCCUUGGGCCCAUGACCAACUCCACCUUCAUUUGGUUCUGGAACGGCCGGCAACUACACACAGAACCCGCACCUACCCUUUCUUUCACCCCUGUGGGCCGCACCAACGCUGGGCUGUACCAUUGUCGGGCUGUGCUGCCUUUUGGGACCACCACCUCUGCUCCAGUCAUGCUCCAUGUGCUCUACCCCCCCGGGACACCUGCCAUAACUGUCUUUGUGGAGCCCGAGGAUGGCAGCCAGGGCAUCCUGGACUGCCGAGUGGACAGUGAACCCCUAGCCAGCCUGGCCCUGCACCUGGGCAGCCGACUGGUGGCUUCUAGCCAGCCCAUGGCUGCCUCUGCUGAGUCCCACAUCCGAGUAUCAGCCACCCCUAAUGUCUUGAGGGUGGACAUCCAGGAGCUGAGACCCAGUGACCAGGGAGAAUACACUUGUUCAGCCUCCAAUGCCCUGGGCUCUGCCUCAGCCUCUGCCUACUUCGGAACCAGAGCCGUGUACCGCCUACAUCUGUUCCAGCAGCUGCUCUGGGUCCUAGGGCUGUUGGCAGGCAUCCUGUUCCUGCUCUUGGGCCUGGGGGCCACGUGGGCCUGGAGAAGGAGGUUUUUCCAUAUGCCAAGAGCGGGUGAGAAUCUGGUGGAGAUGACGUCUCAGAAGGAAACCACAAAGGAGCAGGAGGUCGCAGGAAUCUGCAACACCUUGGUCCUGGAGAAUGAAGCUGUGUUGGGGCCUGCUGGUCUCUGCGAAAACAAUGACAACAGCGGAGUGAGAGCUGACUUCCUGUGAGCUGACUCCAACCUUAGCUCCUAAAGUAAUGUGGUGGUGACAGACAGAGGUGAAUCCCAGUCUACCCAGGAAGAUGCAGGCCCUGGAGAAGGCUGAGGAGAAACUGAUUGUUUUCCACUUUUCAUUCUCUUUCCUCUGGGUCUCACCUCUCCAUGUAUCUUCCAUCACACUGUCCUUGCCCACUGUUCUCCCUCAAGUCCUAGACUUUGAGGAUCUAUCACAAGAGUUGUUCGCAGUGUCCUCACAUGUACAGAUAAAAGCUCUCUGGACUAAGUAAAAUAUAUUAGGUUGUUCUAGCAAGCGACCAAAUAAAAGGACUUCUAUAUAU